AUGGCCUCCUCAAGCAAGACACAAGUGCUUAAUCCUCCUAUUAUCGUCGGUGGAAAGCUCAUUGCGGAUGGCGGGAAGCGGUACCAUUGCACGUUUGAGGGCUGCACAAAAUCCUACAGAAAGCCCGUUCGAUUGGAGGAGCACGAGCGGACACAUACCGGUGAAAGACCUUUUGUAUGCACAACAUGUCGAAAGACCUACUUCCGGGAUAGCCAUUUACAGGCACACAUGCGGACCCAUAUGCCAGAUUCGUCUCGGUCAUUUGCAUGCCAAUUUGAUGGCUGCGAGAAAAAGUUUUGGACUCCUCAGCAUCUCAAGCGUCAUGAGGAAACGCACUCCGGAGAAAAGCCAUUUAAGUGUUCAGAACUUGGAUGCUCCCAGUCUUUCUCAAAGCACAACCAGCUCCGUUCGCAUAUCUCCUCGGUUCAUUGUCAAUCAGGGACUAAGAACUUCCGAUGUGAGCAUGAAGGAUGUCCAAAGAGCUUUGCUACUAGCCAAAAGCUGAAGGCACAUGCAAAAAUACAUGAAGACCACCGAUAUACAUGCACUCAUCCCGCGUGUCUAUCUAAGAGCGAAAACGAAUACUUCUCCGCCUGGAGUGCACUACAAGCACAUACGAGGGCGACACAUCCACCAACUUGCCCUUACGUUUCCUGCAACGGGAAGAUCUUCUCUCAGCAAAAAAUUCUUCGAGUGCAUUUGAAAAUUCACGAGCAGCGAGAAGCAGAACAGACUCUUGCAAGUACAUACCGAGGAGAUGGUUGUGAAGCAGACGACGAAGGUGAAGAUCGUCCGAGUAAGAGAUCCAGAGGUGGUGAAGUCGGGAGGGAUUGGAAAUGUUCGGAGAGUGGUUGUGAGAAGGAUUUCAAAUCCAAAAAAGCACUAGCAACACACGUCAAGGUCGCACAUAUGCUCCGGCGUGACUUUGUUUGCACCUUCGAAGGAUGCGGUGCAUCAUUCGGGUAUAAGCAUCUUCUACAGAGGCAUUCAGCUCGGAUCCACUCGAUCCACGGAGAUUCUCAUGGAAAUCUUCAUUCUGUAGUACUCGAUGAAGUUCCCGCAGAAGGAUGCACACCCUUGAAGACACUGGAAAACAGUGUGAUUGACGUACUGACGGGUAAAGCAUACGAAGAUCAUGCGAAGCGGCGUCUCUCUGCUACGGAGACGCUUGCUUGCCCAUAUCCGGUCAUACCAGGACACAAAUUAGAGACAUCUAGUGGAUUGUCUUCAGCGCCAUGCAAAUUCGUCUUCAGUCGCGCAUAUGAUCUUCGCCGUCAUCUAGCAUCCGCACACGCGCUCAAUAUUGACCGAGAACAGGCUACAGAAGUGGUGAAAGCUUUGCGUCGGGCUGCAAAAGCACCUAGAAGUUGUAUAGACGGACUAGAUUUGUACGUUUGGUCAUUGAUAUAUUGGUAG